CUACCACUUUAGUCCUUCGCGUGAGUCCACCGUGAGCAAAAGGUGAAAAAUCGAGCCCCGGAAGCGAAUAUCGCGUUGACUGUCAGAUUAUUUGAGUAUUGCACUUUAACAACCUUCAAAUAGUCAGAAGCUUUAUCCCGUGCAACUGGAAACUGCUGUAGGUUGCGCAGAGUUGAUAGAGUUAUCAGCGGAAAUGACAAAAAAAUGAAACACAAAAGGGCGGAUGAGUUUUCCUCUUCUCACUGGUUUGUCCGUAAAUAACAUGGCUGUGCAGUGAAGCAGUAACAGUAAAGUGUGAGCUGACGGCUGAGAAAGUAACAGGAGAAUAAAGAAGGAAAAAUUUUGGUCGAAUUUCGGCCCACCCAGCGAAUCGUAACGAGACAAACGUGCAGGUCUUCGGUAUCGUAAUAGGAAAAAUUUCGGAGUGUUUUAUUUUUUUUUUUUUUUGGAAACACAAAUUCAUGGCCGAAAAUCUAGUAUAAUCCAGUGAAAAAGAUCAAAAUUUUCGAAAAUAAAAUAGGAUAAAUGUUUAUGUGUUGGUGAGCAGUCAAAGGUAGACAAGCAGUGGAAAGCUGAACGAUUCCAAGGAUACAGUUUACGAGUGUGAAGGAAUUUGCACAGCACUUGUCGUCUUGGCUCAUGAGUGCCGAUAAAUGUGCAUAGCUGUCAGUGUCGCACGUUUAAACUCGACCACCAACGAAAUCAGCCACAGCAGCUAACCAUCGUCGAGCCGUUCUUUCUCCUCCGGUGCCAAAACGUCAUGACCGGAUGCGAGGUAAACUGUAAGGUGGACCCCGGCCAGCCCCAGUAGUUAGUGAUGCUUCCGGACGUCUACGAUGCUUAUCUCGCCCGUCUCUGUUUCAGGAGUUACGAUGCACGGGCUGAGUCACCUGCAAUCCGGCUCAACCCUGGAGGCGCUCACGCAGGCCACUAUCAUUCUCAUCCUAGCGGUCGCCAUCAUCGUAGCGAACCUCAUCGUAGUAGCAACAUAUCUUAACUUUAAGGGUCCGCAUGAGGUCAUAAACUACUACCUGCUGUCGCUGGCCUUCGCCGAUCUGCUAUGCGGUCUGAUCAUAGUGCCUCUGUACGUUUACCCGGCCUACUAUGGCGACUGGGUGUACGGGAAUGUGGUGUGCAUGAUGCUCGGUUACCUGGAGGUCACCCUCUGGUCCAUUUCGGUGUACACCUUCAUGUGGAUAUCGGUCGAUCGAUAUCUGGCAGUUAGGAAACCGCUACGCUACGAAACGAUACAGACUAAAACAAGAUGCCAAUGCUGGAUGGCCUUCACGUGGAUCUCGGCAGCGAUGCUGUGCUGUCCACCAUUGCUUGGCUUUAACAAGGCCUUCUACAAUCCAGAGACCCACAUCUGUAUGCUCGAGUGGGGCAACAUGGCUGCCUAUAGUGCAACGCUGGCAAUCCUGGUCCUGGGGCCGAGUGUCAUCUCGAUCGUCUACAACUAUGGCUACAUCUUUACUAUGAUGCGUAAAGUUCGAUCGGGUGCACCGAUCCAUGAUAAGGAGUACGCCACGGCACUGGCCGAAAAUCUGGCCAACCCGAGCCACUGCAUGUCAUUCGCAUUGGUUUUCUCCUUCUGGGUCUCGUGGGGACCGUACAUCGGGCUGCGGAUCUACGAACUGGUGAUGGAGGAACGUUACGACAACGCCUUGAUCCAGUUUGGGGCCGUCUGGCUGGGGAUACUGAACUCGUUCUGGAAGAUCGUCAUCAUGUCCAGCAUGUCCCAGCAGUUCCGGCUGCUGGUGCGAUUACUGUUCCUCACUAUCUGCUGCAAAACCAAGGGCCGUCUGCAAGCCGAACUCAUCGGGCUGGAUGUGGACGAUUAGGCAGUCAUCCGGGGAGAAAAUUUAACUAAGAUUUUGCGAUGUCAUUCCCCUGCCGCACCCGAGAAAGAGACAAGAAAAAAAACAGAAUUCCACCACCGCUCACUAAAGUGUUAGACACAUCAUCUUCCGAGAAGAGCAAAUUUAUAACAAACAAACAAGCAAACAAACAAAACAAAACUAAUGAAGAUCGAAAACAUUAUACUAUGUGCUACUAUGAAGCAGGCAUCUUUUGAACUAAGACAGUAAGAACUUCAAUUAAAUUGUUGUAAUUUUAACAUGUACUAUUAUAACUAUUAUUAAAGUAAUAAUCAUUCAGCUACAACGUAAGCUAAAGACGUGAAGGUCUUAUAAGGGCGAAUUUUGAACGCCAUAGUGAAUCUCAGAACAAUCAUUCUCUUGAAAAAAGAAAAAAAAACAAGAAACGUAAUCUUGCAUAAUUAAUAUCUUGUUGUGGUAGAAAAGUACGGUUCACCAAAAGACUCUUGCUCAUCAUAUGAAUUAUUUAUUUUUAUCGUAUUUAAGUUAAAAAACAACUGAAUUUAAGGAUUGACUUCUCGUUGAAAGAUUUCAGUUGUUCAUUGUUUCCAGCCUCUAAACACGAAAAAUCUCACAAUCCACGAAUUUUCAGUCAUUUUUAGUGAAACACAUCUUUUCUUUUUUGUUCAAUUUCACCAGAUAAGUAUAACCAAAAUGCUUCAUUUCACCAACUACUUGAUGUGCAAGCUUCUCGAUAUAAUAACAAUCACAUCAAUUCAUUUAUUUUAAAAUUCGUAAAACGAAUAAAAAAAAAGCUGUUAAAAUGAGAGGAAUUCGUUCUCUGAAUUCGUUUUCUGGUUUGGUGCACAAAUAAAUUUUGAGGGUUUUUAAACUUCACUCAGACAAAUUAAAAAAUAAUGUAUUCAAUUCAAGAUAUUUUCCAUCGUGACCUAUCUCCUAUUUCCCAAAUUCCACGCAGCAUAUGUAUGAAUUUUACGUUUGAAAAUUUCUCGUCUUUCGUAGCGUUCAGAGAACUGGCGUAAUGUUAGUGGAAAUCAAUAAGAACAAAUUUUGGGAUAAAUAGGUCAAAUGGGUCACGACAUCCAGUUGAAGAACUGUCAGAUAAGAAAGUUCGAUUGACAAAAAAAAACUAUAGACGUUUCCGGAUAUUAUUGUUUUUUUUUGGAACAUUUCUUGGACAUAGUAACAGUACAACUCAAUUAAAGUUUGUUCUUUACUUUGUGGUGAAAUGAAACCGACGGAUUCUUACGGCGAAGUGAAUAAAGACACAACUAUGAUUCAAUACUAGUAACUCCCUCACAACUUAUUUAUCCACCAAAAACUAACAGUAAAUCAUAGAUAAGAAGUAAAGUUCUUGAUAAUUUGACGCAUUCUUGUUUAUGUUUUCCUGUUUGCCAAAAGAAAAAUGAUUAUUGAAUUGGUUCUCAACAUGCAAAACUAGUAGAAGCUCAAAUUUCGAAUAACAGUGCUGCUUUUACCAUUCGAGGAAUUGAAAAAUCCACAAUCAUGAUGCUUUCGUAAAAUGCAACCAAAAAUAAAAGAAGAAAACGAAAACAAUAUUCAGCUACUAGAACAACAAUUUCAGGGCUUACACAGAGCUAAGACAACGCGAAAAUAAAAGCAGUUUAAAACUUGUAUGAACAACAAUAUAUACACCUAAAUGGAAUCAUUAUUUCUAGUAUACAGUUGAGUGAGAAUUCAAACCGAACUAAAAUAAAGACGAUGAGGUGCAUCGGCGAAGACUAAUUCAUUUAUGUCGUACGCAUUUCACAAUUUGUACUAGUAGAGAGAAAAAAAAGUAAUACCUGCAAGAAGCUGCUAAUGUAGUUAUCGAUUAUCGAACUAGCUUCAAUCAUUUUAUACAGAUUGAACAUUAUUAGUUAUCUUGUAUUGAACAAAAAUUUAGGGCAAAUCAUAAGCAAGUUACAUGACGCAUGAGAAAUAAUUGAGUAAUUAAAAGGGUGUGAAGAUGCAUUUCCGCAUGAGCGUGUACAUAUUUCACUCAAAUCUGAUUAACAAAAGCAAGUGAAAUUACUAACCGAAGUUUGUUCAGUGGUAGCAGCAUUGGUUCAAAACGAAUAAUUCGAGUGAAUAUUUUCUACAAACACAGUUUGGUGCUGUAAAUAAUUACAAAACGUUAAAUAUAUUUAUUUGAACCAAGUAAAAAUGCGCAAAGUUAUGUCGAAAAUGCACAGUAGAAAAUAGAAUGGAGACUGUGUUGCACAAUCGAUGCUAUUUGUUGUUUUUUGUGUACAAAAAAAGUUUAUGUGGUUAUUUUUUCUCCGUUUAAGGUUAUGUAACGGCCCAUCUAAUGCUUUCCGGUGAAACAUUAACAAUGAAUAUUCUGAAUUAGAUUUCACCAGAUUUGACCGAAAUUACGUUAACUCUUCAAUAAAUUAAGGAGAACAACACUAGUGAUGUUUAUGUCAAGAAUAAACACAAUUCCUGCAAUAAAUAAUAGUCUGUUAACAUUCAUAUUUGUUGAUCAGAGUUUUUAGUUUUGUUAUUGUUUUAAAAUGUUCCUCGCAUCGUUACUAACGAACUUCAUACAACUCCAAUUAGGAAACGAAACAUCACAUUGUUAUGUAGACGAUUGAAAACUGUCGCAUUUUCUUGUUCAAAACUUCAACAAACUUUCAAAGUUAAUAUAUAAAUAAAACAUCUAAAUCAGUAAAAAUAUAUUCAAAAAAUUGGAAGAGUACCGUGUUACCAGAUCGCAUUAGUAGACGUCCCAAAAGAGCUUCUCGUAUUUAUAGAAUCCGUUCGUCAGAAGAAGCCGAAUUAUUUACUCACUAUAUAAUGGCAAACUUUCGCAAGGAAAAGUUCAUAUUUAAAAAACAACGGAGAUUUCAGCACCGUACUUAAAGACAGCUGACGUUCAUUCAAACGGGCUUGACAUUGUUCGCUUUGCGUGCCAAUUGAAAUCUCCGCUGUUCUCUAACCAUGAAUUUUGCUUCUUUCGCACAUAUGUUUCCACAAGGCCUACAUGUAAAAUCCAGCAGAACAUAUACUAUCAUAGCAAACAUGCUCUACACGAACACACCUUGAAUAAACUGGUAAGGAACAUGCCUUCAGUUGCGUCCUGUGCUAAGACCCACAUUCAGCUAGUUUGCUUAUGUGGGAUAUCGUUUACGCACUAGUGAAUAUGGGCCUUACCCCAAAAGACGGAACUGGAACUGUUCGGCCAGAUUGAAUUGCAUGCUUUGACGAGUGUAUUUACAAUAUAAAACUGUAUAUCAACAUUGCGAAAUUAAAGAUGUAAUCUCAACCAUCCAUGUGCGUGAUCUCAUGUUUUCUAAUAGAUCCAUAUGUUUUUUUUGCCAAAAAAAAACCCCGUUCUCAGAGAAAGUGUCACAAAAUAAUGAACUUUACUUAUCGCGUAUUUAUCGUAAUAAAAAUUAUAUAGCUCAUAGAAGCCGAUAAAAAUGAAGCUCUUCGGUGUUUUCAAAUAUUUAAUACAAUUCACGUAGAAGAUGACCCCAAAGGUACUUUAUCUUACACAUCAGAAAAAAAACACGAAAAGUAUCUUGCUUGUAGUGGCACCAUGGUGCGAUGAAAUGCGAAUUAACUAAAUUGAGCAAAGUUUUGCUUGAGCUGACAGAAAAGUUUUCUAUUUGAUAUAAGAUUCUAUGCUACUCACUUCCCAGUAUUAGUUCUUGAAAAUGGUCGUAAUGGGUUGAAGUGAAACCGAACCAUGCGACAAUUACCAAAAGCAAACUACUAGUCAUGUUGACUCAUUGUUUUAUAUUUUUGGAAAUAGCAAAUUGUUGAGUUUCUAAACGUUGUAGUAAAUUGAGUGAACGAUGAAACCUUUUGUAUUCGUAGUAGGCUGUGCAGACUAGGUUGUGUGGCUGUAUUAAUUAUAAAUAAUGAUAACCUGAUCCAUAUAGUAGUCGGAAGCGAACAAUGAUCGCUCGGAUUGAGCAGGCAUUGCGUUACCAAUGAAAAAAAAGCCCUGUCCAGUUUACAAAGUGACUGACAGUUGUUGUUUUCGUUGAUUUGUUAACUCAAUAAUUUUAAUUUUCACACCACGUGAAAACGAUACACUAAUUAUCUUGCGCAAAGCAGGCUAGGUAUAGAAAAACUUACAAUUAUUCGAAACAAGCAAACAGCAGCAAGCAAAAACACAUAGAACAGAAAAGCAAAGAAAUGUAGAGUAAUAUAGAGCAAAACAAACUGCAAAAUAUAAUCUAAUUGUCGAAAUUUAUGAAUGGAUGGGGAUAGAAGCGAAAAUUGAAUCGUACACAAUUUGUAGAAGCUUCCAACUUUUCAAUUACAACAAAUAAAUGUCAGUAAUUUUGACAAGCAGAUGUAGAAUUUAUAAGCAAAGAAGGAAGACAAACUGUAUUAACAGAAGGUAGACCCGAAAUUGCAAAGAAUAUAGAAAGCUACAAAUGACGUACAGAAAAGCAAGUAAACAUAAGUCCUGUUUUAUUUAUAAGGGAAUAAAUUGAAAAUGAAUUAUUAUCUAAAA